ACUUAUCCUUUCCAUGGUUGGUGACUGAGAAAAACAAAACAUGGGAACUGCUUUUGUGGAAAUCUAUGUUCCCGGACAGAAGUUUGUGAACGGAGUUCCAUUUCCUGCGGUGCUUUCUCCGUCUGCAAGUGCAAUUUCUCUCACGGAUUCCGUCAAAGCCAACCAACUCUUCCUCCAAUCACUUCUACUCCAAUCGGGGGCUGUCCUUUUCAGAGGCUUUCCCCUCUCCACCGCUUCCCACUUCAACGACGUCGUCGAAGCGUUCGGGUACGACGAGCUUCCCUACGUGGGCGGCGCCGCUCCCCGCACCAACGUCGUCGGUCGCGUCUUCACCGCCAAUGAGUCCCCACCUGACCAGAAGAUCCCUUUCCACCACGAAAUGGCUCAAGUUCCUGAAUUUCCUUCCAAAUUGUUUUUCUUCUGCGAAGUGGAGCCUGGGAGUGGGGGCGAAACCCCCAUUGUUCUUAGCCAUGUCGUGUAUGAAAGGAUGAAGGACAAGUACCCCGAGUUCGUGGAGAGACUAGAGAAGCAUGGCUUAUUGUACAUCAGGGUUUUGGGAGAAGACGAUAACCCUUCUUCCCCAAUUGGCCGUGGCUGGAAAUCAACCUUCUUAACCACAGACAAAGCCAUCGCUCAACAAAGGGCUGCUAAACUGGGUAUGAAGUUGGAAUGGCUGGAGGAUGGUGUGAAGACGAUUAUGGGUCCAAUUCCGGGUGUGAAAUAUGAUGAGAGUAGACAGCGGAAGAUAUGGUUUAACAGCAUGGUGGCUGCUUACACAGGUUGGGAAGAUGAACGGAAUGAUCCUGUUAAAGCUGUAACCUUUGGGGAUGGCGAACCACUACCUCCUGAUAUAGUCUAUGAUUGUCUGCACAUACUGGAAGAGGAAUCUGUGGCCAUUCCUUGGCAAAAAGGGGAUGUUCUCUUGAUUGAUAAUUGGGCCGUCCUUCAUUCCAGAAGAUCUUUCCAUCCACCACGCAGGGUCCUAGCUUCCCUUGUCAAGUAAGCCUUUGUAGCAGCUAGCUACAAACACUGUUACUACUACCUUCAGUUCUGUCUGUAUUGUAAUUUCAUACAGAAACAUCCAGAUGUAUACUAUUACCAAUAUUAGAAACAAUAACCACUUCAGGAUCAA